GAUGAACAAACGGCAGUAAUAGUUCUUUUGAACUAAUAUCUGAACGUACAUCACUAGUUUAUAUUUGUCAACUGAAAAGUCAAAAGACAAGAGAUCAAAAGAUAAAUGACAAGUAUGGGAAUUUGAAAAUUAUUUCAAACUUUUUUCUGAAUCCCAGAAUUGUUUAUAAUUGUGUCCAUUUGUGAAUUAAUUACUAAUUAGGGAAGAUCUUCUGAUUAAGUAACUAUGGAUGACCUGCGAUUGUAUUUCAGUGUGCGUGUGUGUGAUCAUAAAUAAUUAUAUUAAAAUAAUUUAUCCAAACAUAUACCUCUAUAAAAUGAACUGUACAAUUCCGGGAUUAAACGUGAAAGCUAAAGGUAUACAAGCCUUAGCAAAAAUUGGAGAUGAAUUAUUUAUUGAAUCGAAACUCGAAAAACUUACAUUUCUAUCUUUUAAUCAAUGUAAAACAGUAUGUGGUCAAUAUCAUUUAUUAGAUAGCUUUUUUUCACAAUAUGAUAUUAAAGAGAGCAUAUUAACUAAAGAAAAUCCAUCAGUCAUUUGUAAAAUACAUAUGAAAACCCUUCUACCAGUGUUCAAAGGUACAAAUUUAGAAAAAAAAUUAGAUUUUGUAAAAAUCGGAUAUGAAUCCGAUAGUGAUGUAAUUAAAUUUAAAGUAAAAUAUAAAUGUGAUGAUAUUAUAAUGACCCACACUCUUCGACUAAUGGAUCCAGAAACGCUGACUAUUAAAAACUACGCAGAAUGUGGAAACAACAAUAUUUGUGCUGCUAGCAGCUUUUACAAUAAUUUGUUAACAUUGUUUAGUAACUCAGAUGAUGAUAUCACCUUGGAAAUUACUAAUGAUAAAGUUAUUGUAAGGAAUUAUUGUGUUGGUCUGCCCCAUAAGCCAAAAUUUGUGAGAAGUCAAGUGAAGCUGAAUAGCUCAGAAUUUUUUAUAUUCAAUGUAAAAGAUGGAACAACUAUAAACUUUUCUUUAAAACCUUUUCGCACUGCUAUACAGUUUGCUGAUGCUUUAAACCUAAAUUUGGCACUUCAUUUCGAUAAAGGUGGAAAGCCUCUCUCAAUUGUUAUGAAAAAUCCAACAUUUGAGAUAAUUUUUGUAGUUUCCACUUUAAAUCCUUAUGCCGAUGGACAUUCAAGUAUUACUGCAGCUUCAUUACAAACAAAAACAACCCAAGUAACUAAUGCAAGUGUAGAUCAAAAUAUUACAAGCGAAGACUUGGAGGCCCUAAUUAAUGAGAACUGGGAAGAGUUUGAUGAAGAGAUAUGUCAAAAAUCUAAGAAAAUUAAAUCUGACUUUUGUAAUGGUAAAAGUAAACAAGUAUUAAAAAGCAAACCUAAAAACUUUGUAUUAUCAAGUGAUGAGAACAAAACUGAAGAAAGAACCAACCAAUCUAAAGGAGGAAAUAAUAUAUUAGCCAGUAAAUCUUACGAAUGUAAUGAUUUAGUUCUGGGAAGACCUGAAAGUCCCAGAUCUAAAAAAGUAAAAUCAAUUUUUAAGAGAUCUUAUGACCCUACUUACACAUCGUCUAUGUUAGACGUUUUAGCUGCAGACAGUGAUUCAGAAUAAUUUUUAGUAAUUAAAUAAAGGUAUACUGUCUAUUUUGUUUGUAAUUAAGAUGAAAAAAUGUAUACUAUAAUAAACAUUUUGAUACAAAUGGCACAUGUAAUUAAAAUAUUUUGUAUACAUGAAAAUAACUGAAAUAAAUGUGUAAAUAUUAUAGAGAUAUCAGUACCUCAAAUAGCCUUAAGGACUUUGGCUAAAAUAUCACAAUCCUAGACAAAUAUAUUAACAUGUUCAUACUAAUGAUUAUAGAGAUUCAAGUAAAUUUAAUUAAACAUAAAUUCUAUUUCAGUUAAAUUCUACAAUAAAUAAACUUAUUAUGUACAAAUAAAUACUUCAGCUAUAAUUUUUUGAAUCAUGAAAAAACUACCACUACUUAUACAAAUGUGUUGUUAAUAUAUUGAUAGACCU